CGCGCACUAAAACCUGACUCUUUUUAUUAAUAUUGAAAAACGUAUGUUCAAUGAGACUGAUAUUUUAAAUCUAAUCUAAUGUAGGGUCAUGAUUUGUCUGCUGAUUACUGGUCUCUUGGUAUUUUAAUGUACGAACUUUUAACUGGAAGGUAGGAUGAGAACGACUUAUACAAGAGAUGCAUCAUCUGUUUUGUCAAACCAAGUUUCAGAAUCAUAUUGAACUCAGACUCUAAGGGACCAGUCAUUAAUUACGGCGGGGGUGGCAACGAAGAGAAAAUUUUGAGUGAGUAAAAGGUUGGGAAAAUGAAAAACAAAACAACUCAAGGGUUGGGUAAUAAAAAGCAAUGUUGUCAAUACAAUAUGUAAAAAAUCAAUCAAUCAAUCAGAGUCACUAUCUUGAUCAUUUUCCGACCUGCCAGGAGGCAAAUGGUGUCUCCAAAGAAACUACAUGUCCAGACAACAUGACAACAUUAGACUGCAGAAAAUUGCACAAGCAGUCAUCGAACUCAUGUCCCAAAAAUGGUAAAUGACAUGUGUGACAACUGAACGGUAUCCUUUUGUAAAGUUUUUGGCCAGGGGUGGGUAUUUAUUUUUUUGUUCAUGUUUGAGGUUGGGUAAAGAAAACGUUUGACUUUUUAACGGUUGAAUCAGCAAAAUUUCCACCAAGAAAAACAUUUCUCUUCGGUGCCACCCUCCCCCACCCCCCCCCCGCCAUAAAUAAUGACCAGUCCCUAACCAGGCAGACGAACUAUAUUCAGAAGAGCGCCAUUUUUAUCGCUAUGGUUCUGAGAAUAAAUCGUGCCUUUCCAAUACGUAUUUAAUUUUAAUACACUUAACAAGCAAACCGACGUAUCGUUUUCCCUCAUUCCAGUCCUCCAUUUUGUGGAUCAGAUCCGAUGAAGACUUACAAUAUAAUCUUACGAGGAAUGGAUAUGAUUGAGUUUCCGAGAAAAAUUACGAGAAAUGCUCAUGUUCUGAUCAAGAAACUUUGCAGGUAAUGUAAAAUCUCACUUUCUGAGCAAGGCUUUUCCAACCAUCGAUGUUGGACAAUAUAACGAACUAGCACGCGCUAACAUCUGCCAUCCUAGUUAACAGUUUCAACAAAUAUUUUCAGAGACAAUCCAGCAGAGAGGUUAGGUUAUCAAAAAGGAGGUCUGAAAGAUAUAAUGAAACACAGAUGGUUCGAUGGCUUCAACUGGGAAGGUCUCAGACAGAGGAAACUUACACCACCAAUUAUACCCAAAGUGAGUAAAGCAUUUAUGUAUGUCGUAUAUAGAAGAGUUGGUAGAACCAGCUAGCGAAUAGCUUCAAGAACGGGAAGGAUAACAGAACAGGCCUUAAAAUAUAUUUUACAAGGCCGUCUGAAAAAAUGUCCGAUGACUGAGUUUGGGUCGGACAUAUGUAUGAUGAUGUCCGAUGACCUUCAGUUCAGUUUGGCUCGAAAAUAAGUCUGAAUGACGCAUAUUAAUAUCAGCACAAUACUAAAUGUUGUGAAGAUAUUAAAUAAUUUGUGUCAUUCAUACUUAUUUCCAAGCCAAGAUCAACUUGCUUCCCAAUAAUAGCAGUAAGACUUCGACAACUUAAGCCAGUUUUCCACUUCACCAUUUCGCUCGCCGCCCCGCGCUCGAUGACAUUAUUAAAAACAACAUUUCCGGUUCAUUUUUAUACAAUACUCUUGUUCUCCAUUUAUAACAUACGAGCCUCUAGUCCGGGACUAGUGUACAUUUUGAUUUAUGUGCGUGGAGAAAGCGUCGGACAAAGCUACAGUUCGGUCAGACACCAAUACACUCGGGUCGAACAAACAAUAUAAAACCUCAGUUUCACUUAGGUCGGACACAGAAUGUUCGGUGGUUUCCUCUCUACGACGGACAAUUUGACGAAUGGGUCGGACAAUGUCCGUGACCGACCGACAUUUUAGGGCCUGGAUAAUCAGACAAGAAAGAGGCAGGUCAGAUAAGUAGUCUAGAGAGGCGGUCUAGAAACCCAAAGAUGCGAGUUCGAAUCUCUGCACUGUCAGAAUGAUAUGAAACGAGCUUUCAUAUCUCUGAGGAUGGUUCUGAAAUAAAAGAGGCAGAUAAGCUGACGAAUGUUUUGUGUGUUACGUAACACGCACUCAAAACUAAUGAGUACGCUUUUCCGUUUGGUUAUGACUAUAUUCAAUUGUUUUAACAUUUCUCAAGCAGCAAAUAAACUUCAAAAGUAUGUUUAGUGCUUUAUCUGUAAAAUAAUGCUAAAAUGAAGAGAUUUUAGAUGGUACGCCAAAGACAAAUUUAUGUCUGAAGUUCAGUAGUAUUUCCUUAUAUUGCUAUAUGGCGUCAAUUUUACAUCAUCAAUGGUAAUUACAUUUAAAUAGUACAUAUUUAACUAUUAUUUUGUGUUUCUCAACCGCCAGAUACGUUUAAAAAGGUUGCUAACUGUGUAAACUACAAAAUAAAGUUAAAAACAAAGUAAUUUUGAGAGGAACGCCAAAACGAUUUUAGGUUUUCAUCGCAAAUACACGACAUUGAAAAAAAUUUCCUCUUGAGAAAUACUAUUGAUGAUAAUAAGCAUUUAUGUAUGGUAUAACAUUACAGCAUAGCUUAUGUAAUUGUGUGCAUGGCUAACUGGAGCUGAUGUAGCUGAAAACUGAGUGUCUUAGCCGAGCAUUCCAAUAGCUUAGUGGGCAAGUGCUUGGGCUCGAUUCCUUCCUGAUCAGGAUAUUGGGGAAUUUUUUAUUGCUGAUAGACAGGGACUUCAACCUAACUCACUUUCUGCGUUUUUCAGGUGAAGUCAGGCACAGAUGCAUCAAAUUUCGACGAAUAUCCUCCAGAUGACGAAGUGCCUGUAGAUGACUUGACUGGCUGGGAUAGAGAUUUUUAGGUAAAGAAAUAAUCGCUCACAAUAAUAUCAAGUGUCAAAUUUAUGUCAAAACAAUGAAAAGAGAAUGAAACAGUUUGAUCACUGGAUCAUGACUGGAUGGCAUGGAGAACAGUGGGAUUUUAUUCUGAACACUGGAUCAUGACUGGAUGGCGAUGGAGAACAGUGUGAUUUUCAAAACAAUGGAACAUUCUGAUCACUGGAUCGUGACUGGAUGGCAUAGAGAACAUUGGGAUUUUCAAAACAAUGAAAAGACAAUGGAACAUUCUGGUGAUCGGAUCAUAACUGGAUAGACUGGAUGGCAUGGAGAACAGUGGGAUUUUUAAAACAAUGAAAAGAUAAUGGAACAUUCCCGACCACUGCAUCUUCACUCGUCAGAAAGAAAUCAUUGUUAAUUUUCAUUUUAUUCUUUUAGGUAGAAUGUAUGGUACUCACAGAGUGAGGCAUCAAGUAUAUAGUGUUCUAUAUACAUACAACUGGCAUAACAUUGACAGUCUUUUUUACUACUGUAAAUACACGACCAACUACAAUCGAUAUACAAUAUAGGCAUCUUCCAAUUUAAACUAUGUAAUACAACAGCAGCACUGAUCUGGAAACUAUAUUGGACAAUACAACCAUUGUUUAUUGCCAGUCCUGAGACCCAGAGUUAGUAUAUAAGAUAUUGACAAGUGUAAAUAUGUUGUGAAGAUUAUUUUUAUGACUAGAUAAUGAAGUGUAACAAAUGAAUAUUUUAACUUAUAUGCGAGUUUUCUUGUAUAUUUACGUACAAAUAGGGAUGCACUUUUAAAAAAAGGUCUAUCUUUUAUUACCUCAGUUUAAGCAUUAAGCUUUAAUGCGCCC